ACACACACACACACACACACACACACACACAUCUCCAGGCAUAUUGUCUGCAAUUUGUUUUCACAAAUGUAUAAAAUGUGCAAUUUAUCGAAUGUGCUCAACUUUAUCAUCUGCAUAGCCAGUUUUAGCCAAACAUUUGAUGGCACUCUGGCAAUUAAACGCGGUCCCCAUCAUCCUCGAGGCGAAACACGCAGAGUGGACCAGCAUUUGACGCACGAGGAACAUCGCAUAGACGAUGAUCUCAAGGAUAUGGGAAUCCAGGCGAAUUUAGAAGACAUGAGCGAAGAGGAAAAAAUAUUCUACAUGUUCAAGGCUCACGAUAAUGAUAAUAAUAAUGCCCUGGAUGGACUGGAGAUGAUACAUUCGGCCAUGCAUCAUAAUUAUGAUUAUUUCAAGAACAGCGAACGUGAUAAUUAUUUGCAAAAUGCCAGUGAAGAGUUGGAGCAUUUCAUAGAGGCAAUCGAUAAGUUUCUUUUAAUUGCUGAUGAGAAUAAUGAUGGACUGUUGCAUUAUCCUGAAAUUGUAAAAGCCAUUUCCGGUGGCAAGGAACACAUCGAUGUGGAUAGAAAUAUGCUACGCUAGAUACACCUUUCCAAUAUAUCAAACGAAAGUUAACCACUCACAUGAUGUAGACACAAUAAUAGAUUUAGACUUAGUAUAAAUAUUUUGAUAGCCAAUAACUAUAUAAAUUUUAACUACCUACAUUUAUGUAUGCAUUUUAAGACUGGAGACAAACAGACACCCGGAUGAAAUAGACAAGACUCCAAGUUUGUGCUACACUUUAUUAUUUAUACUAUUUGUAUACCUACAUAAACAUAUAUAUAUAUAAUUAAACAUU